AUGGCAUCGCCCGUCUCGCAGAAGCUGGAGGAGAAGCUGGUGUGCUCCAUCUGCCUGGACCUCUUCAGGGUGCCCGUCACCUUGCCCUGCGGGCACAACUUCUGCAAGUCCUGCAGCAGCCACCACUGGCACAAGCAGGAGCGGGCGCCCAGCGGGGCCGAGCAGGGCUACAGCUGCCCCGACUGCCGCCGCCAGUUCCCGCCCUGCCCGCAGCUGGACCUUUUGAAAAAGUCUGUGGAAGAAGCCCAGGAGGAGUCAGAGAGGAUUGUGCAGGAGAUGCAGGAGCUGGAGGAGCAAACACACAGCAUCAAGGACUCCUCUGAGAGGCUCAAAUCGGUGGUUCUGAGCAAGUUCACCGUCCUGAGGAAAGCCCUGGAGGAGUGCCAGGGGCAGGCAGUGGCCAGGAUCGAGCAGGAACAGGCAGCAGCUCUGGGGCACGUGGGGGACAACUGGAGCCUCCUGAAGGACCGUCUGGAUGUCCUUGGCCAGCACAGGGAGAGGGCUCAGCACCUGCUGGCCUGCCCUGACCACAGGACCUUCCUCCAGGAGUUUCCCCUGCUCCCAUCUCCAGGGAGCCCAGAGGUGCUGCUCCCUGUGGAGUUUGAUGCAGCUGCUGUGGUUGAGCCCAUCACUGAGAUGCUCACUGACAUCUCCAAGCUCCUGCUGGAGUAUCUGCCUGGCUCUCUGGCCCACAAAGCCCCCGACUCCAUUGGCCAAGGCCCAGUGCAGCCCAAGGAGCCAAUGAUGAAGGUGGUGACCCCUCUUCCCAAUUGCCAGCUCCGAGCUGAGCUUCUGAAAGACCACCGCAACCUCACCUUCGAUCCCCAGACGGCCAACAAAUACCUGGAGCUCUCCAAAGGCAACCGGAAAGCCAAGCACGGCCCCAGCGCCAUCGGGGGGCUGCGGGAGCAGGGACCCCGUUUCCAGCCCUGGCAGGUGCUGUGCACACAGAGCUAUGAGCGCGGCCACCACUACUGGGAGGUGAAGGUUUCCAGCCACUCCGUCAUCCUGGGGGUCACCUACCCCGGCCUCCCUUGGGAGCAACAGCAGGGCCACAAGUUCAACAUCGGGCUGGACAGGGGUUCGUGGGGGCUGCAGGUGCGGGAGGAUUGUUACCUGGCCUGGCACAAGGGCCGGGUGGAGAAAAUCCAGGAGAGGCUCUAUAAGGACUUGGGGGUCAGCCUGGAUUGCAGCAAGGGGCUCCUCUCCUUCUACGGGCUCGGGGAGAGGACGCAGCUCAUCCACUCCUUUCACAGCGUCUUCACCCAGCCCCUCUACCCCGUGUUUUGGCUGUGCGAGGGGCGGGUGGUGAUGCUGUGCUGGAGGACUGAGCUGCAGCCACCACAGGGCUGCUCUGCCCAACAAGCCAAAUUCCUCAGUGAUGUGGAGAAUGAGCUGGAAGAGCUGUCAGUCACCAUUGCUCAGGCCAAGAAGAUGGUGGAGCUCAUUAAGGGCGCUGCCACGAAGGAGAGGGAAAGAAUCAAGAAGCUCUUUGCAGAAGCCUCCGAGGUGCUGACGACCUUCCAGAAGGAGGUGACAGGUUUCAUUGAGGACAGGGAGCGCUCCAUGCUGGGGGAGGCCGAGGCUGAUCUCCGCUGGAAGGAGGAGAGACGAGCCAAGCUGGCCCAGUGCAAGCAAAACCUGGAGAACGUCCCCAGCACCGACACCAUCUGCUUCCUCCAGGAAUUUCAGGCCUUAAAAGUAGCCAUGGAAGGAAACCUCUCCCCGACUCUGAGCUUCCAGAAUGAGCUGAACUUCACCAAAUGUGCCCAAGCCGUGGGUGCCAUGAAAGAUGUGCUGUCUGCUGCCUGCAAAAAGCAGUGGGACCACUUGCAGGGGAAAGGAAUUGAUGGGCUGAGUUACCAGGAGAUGGAGAAAGCCGAGUCCCAGUUUCCAGACAAGUCAAACAAUCCCGCCUGCCUGGAGAGCCGUGAUUACUUCCUGAAAUUUGCCUUUAUCAUCGACCUGGACAGUGACACGGCUGACAAGUUCAUCCAGCUGUUUGGCACCAAAGGGGCCAAGCGGGUCCUGUGCCCCAUCCCCUACCCAGAGAGCCCAACCCGCUUUAUCAACUGCGAGCAGGUGCUGGGCGUCAACCUCAUGAACAGGGGCAACUACUACUGGGAGGUGGAGCUGAUCGAUGGCUGGGUCAGCAUCGGGGUCAUCGCGGAGGAAUUUGACCCCCGGGAGUCCUACAGCUGCGGGCGCCUGGGGCGGAACGAGAGGUCCUGCUGCCUGCAGUGGAACGGGCAGAACUACGUGGCCUGGUUUGGUGGCCUCCAGUCUGUCAUCCAGCAGCCCUUUUUCCAAACCAUCGGGGUCUUCUUGGAAUAUUCAGAGAAGGCCCUGACCUUCUACGGAGUCAAAGACUCUAAGAUGACCUGCCUGCAGCAGCUGAAGUUUUCUCCUUGUACCGCGGGUCCGAUUGACCCGUUCCAGAACAAGAUCAACCACCGGUUUGCCUCUCUUUUCUUGUGCAAGCUAAAACCAGCCUUCUUCCUGGAGAGUGUGGAUGCCCACCUGCAGAUCGGGCCCCUGAAGAGGGAUUGUGUCUCAGUGCUCAAGCGUAGGUAA